AUGCUACGGGUGCUACCGAUUGUAAUGGUCUGGCCUAGCUUUGCAGCGAAGCCAAAGGACUUGAGAACUGGACUUUCUCUUUCAGCUGUAAUACUUAGGUCAAUGAGUUCCAAACGACUCUCUUCCGAUACUACGAAGGAUGCUCACGUAGUCACCAAGGACAAGAAACACAAAAAACCGAAAGUUUUGAAGGAAUCAAGCACUGGUUCUCAAUAUGAUAUUGUUGCUAAGGAAACUGACCAGAAAGUGCAAUCAUUUGAAACUCAAAGUUUCAAGGGAGAUAUAGCAAAAAUUGAGUCAAUGACUGUUCAAGAACUCAGAACAACCUUGAGGAGCAUUGGAGCUUCUGUCAAGGGCCGUAAACAAGAUCUUGUAUCUGCUCUGUCGGGAUUUAUGAAACAACAGCAAAAUGGUGGAAGCUCUUGUUGUGGAGAAGACACUGCACAACAAAAGGAAGAAGAUGCUGUUGAUGAGAGCCAAGAACAAAUGCUUAGCAGCGUGUCAGAGAUUUCUGUAGUUAACCAAAGUAGGAGAACUGUAAAAAAGUCCAUAGUAGGGAAUAAAAGAACCAAAGUUGUUGCUCAAACAACCGGUGUGGAGGAAAAGUUGUCAGUCCAAACUGAUAUAAUUCCAGUAGCUGAACCUUGGACAGUUCUUGCCCAUAAGAAGCCUCAGAAAGUGUGGAUUCCAUACAAUCCCAGGAAAUUAAGGCCUCCACCACUAGAUAGAGAUUCACGUUCUGUAAAAUUGUUGUCAUGGAAUGUUAAUGGAUUAAGAGCCUUGUUGAAGUUGGAGGGAUUCUCUGCUCUUGAGCUUGCCCAGAGAGAAGAUUUUGAUAUCUUGUGCUUGCAAGAGACCAAGCUGCAGGAUAAAGAUGUUGAGUCCAUCAAACAAUCUCUCCUAGAAGGAUAUGAAAGUAGCUCCUGGACAUGCAGCCUUACAAAACUAGGUUAUUCUGGCACGGCAAUUAUCUCUCGGAUAAAACCACUUUCAGUUACCUACGGUCUAGGUAUACCUGAUCAUGAUAGCGAAGGACGAAUAGUAACCGCUGAGUUUGAUUCGUUUUAUUUAAUAUGUGCUUAUGUUCCCAACUCUGGAGACGGGUUGAAAAGACUGUCAUACAGAACUACACAGUGGGACCCAUCGCUUAGCGACUACAUGAAAGAGUUGGAGAAGACUAAACCAGUGAUUUUAACGGGUGAUUUGAAUUGUGCUCAUCAGGAAAUCGACAUCUUCAAUCCAGCUGGAAACAGAAGGAGUGCCGGAUUCACCGAUGAAGAAAGGCAGUCAUUUGGGAGAAACUUCUUGGACAAAGGAUUUGUGGAUACCUUCAGAAACCAACACCCCAAUGCUGUUGGGUACACUUACUGGGGAUAUAGGCACGGUGGCAGGAAGACAAACAAAGGCUGGCGGCUCGACUACUUCCUGGUCUCGGAAUCCUUGGCCGACAAGGUUCACGACUCGUACAUUGUCCCUGAUGUCAUGGGUAGCGAUCACUGUCCAAUCGGCCUUAUACUCCGGCGGUAG